AUGCCGCCCGACCAAACACUGAAGAGGGAGUCUGCUCCUGCCAGGCCACCCUACGCACUGCCGCGGCGCACGAAGAAAAAGGAAGAUGUGGCCAUGUCUGAUUUUGCGAGUUGGUGCGUCAAGCAUCAGAUUGGGCUAUCCAUGAACCUUCUCGCGCUUCUCGGCCUCACUCACGUCUUCUUCCCCAAGAGCCACAAAUACACAACCAAGUUCUUUUCUCAGUCCUACUACAACCCAAGGACUGGCGAAUACGGUAUUGGCAAGGAUGAUGUCUACCAGAUCCUGUUCUAUAUGACGAUAUUUACAGCGCUGAGGGCUGGUGCCAUGGACUAUGUCCUUGCGCCACUUGCAAGAUGGUGGGGUAUCACCAAAAGAAAAACCAUCGACCGCUUUAGUGAGCAGGGCUAUCUUGUGUUAUACUAUGCUAUUUUCUGGCCCAUGGGAAUGUACAUCUACUGCAACUCGGAUUAUUAUAUGAACCUGACCAACUUGUGGACGAAUUGGCCCAACAGGGAGGUCAGUGGUCUGAUGCGCGUUUACAUGCUCGCACAACUUGCCUUUUGGUGCCAGCAGAUCCUCGUCAUCAACAUUGAGGAGCGCAGGAAAGACCACUGGCAGAUGUUUGCGCACCAUGUAGUCACCAUAAUCCUCAUUACGACGUCAUGGCGCUACGGCUACACGCGUGUUGGCAACCUAAUCCUCAUCUUGAUGGACGGAGUUGAUAUCGUGUUCUCAGCCGCCAAACUUUUGAAAUAUACGGGAUUCGACACUGCCUGUGAUGUAUUUUUCGGCCUCUUCAUGCUUAGUUGGGUUAUCGCGCGCCACUUUGUCUACCUCACGGUGUGCUGGUCGAUAUAUAAGGAGACGGAUCGCGUCAUUCCCAAAGGCUGCUUCCGCGGUCCUGGCGACAAGAUCGAGGGGCCUUUCCCAGUACCUACUGAGCGUGGCCUGAUCUACAUCCUCGAGCCACUCGUCAGCAACGAUGCAUUGGUUUGCUUCAGCGAACCGGUGAAAUGGGGCUUCCUCGCAUCGCUCCUCUUCCUCCAGGCCAUCUUGCUGGUGUGGCUAGUAGCAAUCUUCCGCGUUGCCGUCAAGGUCCUGCGUGGAACAGGCGCCGAGGAUACACGCAGCGAUGACGAGGAGGACGAGGAGGAUAUUGAGGCCGAUGGUAUGACGUAUCAAAAGACGGGCGCCACCCUCACAGAUGCUGUCGCCGGCCGUGGCGGCAAGACAACGCGAUCUGACGACGAUAAUGACGAGCCGAUCGAGGAAGAGGUCGGUGUGGAGGACAUUGACUUUAAGGGGUGGGGCAGGCGGUCGGGCAUCAAGAGGCAGGCCUCGUCCGCGACCGGUGUCAGCCUCCCCGGGCACAGCGACCGAAAGGAACUUCUCGGCAGGAUCGGCUGUGAGAAACAAGUCGAAUGA